CUGGCGGCGCGCAGGGAGCUCCCACUCACACCUCCCCGUGGUAUAAAACCCCGGCACGCCGCAGCCCGCGCAGACCCAGGAGAGCCCGUGGAGCAGGACGGCCAGGAGCUCACCGAUGUGGAGCGGGCCAUCGAGACUGUCAUCAACCAGUUCCACUGCUACGCAGUGAAGGGGCAGAAGGAGUACCUGACGCCUAAUGAGAUGCAGGAGCUGGUGGUACAGAAGCUGCCCCACCUGGGGAAGUGUGUUGGACCACUGGACGAGAAGAUCGAAUGCAUGGGAGACCCUGACGAGGCCAAGCUGGAGUUCGGAGAGUACUGGGACAUGAUGGGGGACGCGGCCAAGGGCUGCCGGAGGAAGUAG